AUGGUCAAUGGUCAUGGAUCAACUCCAGUCCACAGCUCAGCUUGCUGCGCCAAUGGCUCGCCAACAGCCCCAGAGGAGCCUUUGGUGGCGGAGUCUCCCUUGUGGGCCUUGGACAAUGUCCUGCUGAGCUCUCACAACGCAGACCUCACCCCGACGUACAUGAACCAAACCUGGGAGAUCUUCCUGGAGAAUCUCCAGCUGUUCCGAUCGCCGGAGUUCUCGGGCUUCAAGAACCAGGUGGCCCCGCCAGCUCGGCGCUGCGGCCCGCGUCGGUCGAUCGGUCGAUUCGAAGACCGGAGACCGUUGGUGGGUUGGUUUCGGAGGAGUCGGGAUGGAUGGGAUGAUGCCACGGUGAGUGGACAAGUCCUACGGCUACUGAGCGGAUCUGAGCUCAUAGCCGCGCCGACGCCUUCCUCAGCCACGGCCGAGGAGCUGGCGGCGAUCCCCGACGCGCGGGAGCGCGCGCUGCGGCGCGUGGCCCGCGCGGUGGGGGGCGCCGAGAGGUACUGCGACGCCGUGGCGGUCUUGCGCAACGGGCGCCGGGUACCCUUCAUCCGGGCUUUGUUGGCCGCCCUAUCGCUGCCACUGGAGAAGGCCUUGUACGGUGAUUUUAGAGAAGCCAGCUCACGAGAGAUCACCUUAGAUGCAACAUUUGAAGCUUUCACGGUGAUGAUGAGAGCAGCCUGCCAUUUGAAGCUAAAUCUUACGCCGGAAAGCGCAGUCCACACGCUGCAAGCUUCCAAAAUGUAUCUUAUUGAGAAGCUUGAAAGAUAUUGUGCUGAUUAUUUAUAUGGCUUGAAAGACUGCACGCAGAUUUUGCAGGCAAUGACUGCCGCUGCCAAGUCCUGCUUUUGUUUCGUACAAGAAUUGCACCGACACUAUUGGACCAACAUAUUACUGCAGAGCUCAAAAGUACUUGCCUCACCAGCCUUUCAAGUAGCGCAUGGUCUCAUCAUAGAUCAACUCAUCAAACUCGAUGAGUUUGAUGUGAACGAAGACGAUUUGUGGAGCUGCUUGGUGGCGUGGUCAGCAAAUGCUGUGCGCCAACCGGAGAUUCUUGGGCCUUUCGCCAACACCACGGAAGAGGUGGUGAAACGUAGCAAAACCGAAGGUCAGGAGAGUGGUGCACACGAGGUGGCACAGCAAACAGCUAUCCUGAGGCUCAUGUCGCAGCACAUCCGCUUCGGGGCCAUGACAAAAGAAAAGUUCUUUGACCAGGCAAGGGUACAUUUGACCCACGAGCAGAAUUAUGAAGUCAUUGAGCAUUUCUGGCUUGGUCGAACCCCACAGCGAGUGAGGGCAUCCAAACGUGCUGGCUUGGUGAGCGAGCCAGAACCAGCGCACCACUUCGCCGCGCUGGGCUUUUCGGCCACCGAGGCGGAGCGGAGCGUGCGGAGCGUGCGGAGCGUGCGUGGGGGGAGCGGCGAAGCAAGCGGAACGGAGCCACCGGGGGAGGGUUUGGGAGUGAAACAGGCUCUCACAGCCACGCCUGCCAGCGUGCAGAAGGCCUGGGUUUCCGUCAUCGGCGAGGGGGUGAUCCAUCCGUUGAUGUCCUCCGGGUCUGAUCACAACCGGGCCGAAGCCGGGUGCCGACAGCCGACGGAGCUGGAGGGUUCGUCCUUUGGUCAUCCCAUUCUCGGUGGGAGAAAAUGGAAGGACCAGUGA